GUAAGAGGCACAUUGGCAGGUAACGGGUGGCGGCGGCGGCGGCAGCGGGUCCUGAGUCCAGCGAGAAUAGCUGCGAUUUUCUAUUUUGUCAUACAUUAUUUUGUAUAUACUGUAUAUGAUGACUUCAGUGAGCAGUGACCGUUGCCGAAGUGUUCGGGAAAAAACACAGAUUUCAGCGACACAGUCAACACAACCACAGAAACAAGUGGUACAGGCAACAGCUGAACAGAUGCGUCUUGCUCAGGUGAUCUUUGAUAAGAAUGAUUCAGAUUUUGAAGCUAAAGUUAUACAGCUUAUGGAAGUGACUGGGAAAAAUCAGGAUGAAUGCAUCGUGGCCCUACAUGACUGUAAUGGAGAUGUGAACAAAGCUAUCAAUAUAUUGCUGGAAGGGAAUUCAGACACGACUUCAUGGGAGACUGUAGGGGGGAAGAAGAAGAAUUUUGGAAAAGAAAGUUCAGAAAACAAAGAGAAUAGAGAGAAGAGAAGUGAGAAAGAAGCAAGUCGUGGACGUGGAAACAACAGGAAAGGAAGAGUUGGCAGUCGUGGCAGAGAGUUCAGAGUCGAAGAAAAUGGUAUUGAUUGCAAUCAAGGGGACAAACCUUCAGAUCGUGGCAAGCGAGCCCGAGGUAGAGGAUUUGGACGAGGCAGAGGAAGAGGGACAGGAAGGUUCUCAGCCCAAGAUAUGGGGACAUUUAAUCCUGCAGACUAUUCAGAUUCUACAUCUACAGAUGGGUGUGGGACAAAACUCGUAGUUUGGGAAGCUGCUCAGAAUGGUACAGAUGAGGAAACUGAACUAGUACCAAAUGCUCACAGCAUAGCUCAGCAUCUGCCAAGCAAAAAUUCUUACGGAUUCAAAGGGGCCUGGAAGAACUCUGUGGAAGAGUGGCCAACAGAAGACUGGUCUGAAGAUCUUUCUGAAACAAAGGUCUUCACUGCCUCAUCUGCUCCAUCAGAGAAUCAUGUCACACCUGGUCAAAGCAUUGAUCUGGUAGCCUUGCUCCAGAAGCCUGUUCUUUCCAGUCAAGCCUCAGAAGUCAACUCCUUUGAAACUUCCCAACAGCAGGGAUUUGGCCAAGCCCUUGUCUUCACAAAUUCACAACACAACAAUCAGAUGGCACCAGGGACUGGCAGCUCCACUGCUGUCAACUCCUAUUCUCCUCAGAGUCUGUCAUCCAUCCUUGGCUCAGGAUUUGGAGAGCUUGCAUCAUCAAAAAUGGCAAACAUCACCAGCUCCCAGAUUUUGGACCAGUUGAAAGCUCCAAGUUUGGGCCAGUUUACCACCACCCCAAGUUCACAGCAGAAUAGUACGAGUCCCCCUACAACUACUACUUCUUGGGACCUCAAGCCCUCAGCAUCCCAGUCCUCAGUCCUCAGUCAUUUUGACUUCAAAUCUCAACCUGAGCCAUCCCCAGUUCUUAGCCAGUUGAGCCAGCGACAGCAGCACCAGACACAGACAGUCACUGUUCCUCCUCCUGGUUUGGGGUCCUUUCCUUCCCAGGCAAAACUACGAGAAUCAACACCUGGAGACAGUACCUCCACUGUGAACAAACUGUUGCAGCUUCCCAGCAUGACUGUUGAAAAUACUGCUGUAUCUGGUCACCAGCCACAGCCCAAACACAUCAAACUUUCUAAGCGGCGGAUGCCUCCAGCCUCUAAGAUCCCAGCUUCUGCGGUGGAAAUGCCUGGUUCAGCAGAUGUCACAGGAUUAAAUGUACAGUUUGGGGCUCUGGAAUUUGGAUCAGAACCCUCUGUCUCUGAAUUUGGAUCAGCUCCAAGCAGUGAAAAUAGCAGUCAGAUUCCCAUCAGCUUGUAUUCAAAGUCUUUAAGUGAGUCUUUGAAUGCCUCCUUGCCAAUGACCAGUGCAGUACAGAACUCUACCUAUACGACUUCAGUCAUUACCUCCUCCAGUCUGACCAGCUCAUCCUUGAGUUCCACUAGUCCAGUAACAUUAUCUUCCUCCUAUGACCAGAGUUCUGUGCAUAACAGGAUUGCAUAUCAAAGCUCUGGGAGUCCAUCAGAGUCAGCUCAAGGAACUAUCAUGAAUGGACAUGGUGUUGGUCGAAGUCAGCAGACACUAGACACUACUUCAUCUGUUCCAGCUCCAAAGACAACAGACCCUCCCUCCGCCCUCCCAUCUGUAGGCUCUCUGCCUAGCACCACCUCCUGCACUGUGCUUCUGCCAUCCUCAUCCCAGCACACUGGCGACCUGUCCAGCAGCCCUUUCUCUCAGCUUAGCAGCCCACUCUCUAGCCAUCAGAGCAGCCUCUCCUCUGCGCACACAGCACUCUCCUCAAGCACAUCGCACACGCAUGUCAGUGUGGAGAGCAACCCUCCCCUCCAGUCCUCAGCCACCUUCUCAACGGCAGCAACCUCUGCCUCAAGUUCUGCAUCCUCAGGCAUCAGCCUGUCAAGUAGCAUGAACACAGUGAACAGCCUCUGCCUGGGCGGGUCCACCGUGAGUGCACCCAGCAACAGUACCAGGACCGCGCCUUUGGUGACCUCAGGCAAAGCACCCCCAAACUUGCCCCAGGGAGUGCCUCCCCUGCUGCAUAACCAGUACCUCGUGGGCCCUGGAGGACUACUUCCUGCCUACCCGAUCUAUGGCUAUGAUGAACUCCAGAUGCUACAGUCACGGCUGCCAAUGGAUUACUAUGGAGUUCCCUUUGCAGCACCCACAGCCCUUGCCAGCCGAGAUGGGAACCUGGCUAAUAAUCCAUAUUCAGGUGAUGUCACAAAGUUUGGCCGUGGUGACUCUGCAUCCCCCGUGCCCCCCACCACAUUAGCUCAGCCACAGCAGAGCCAAUCCCAGACCCACCACACAGCCCAGCAGCCCUUCCUGAAUCCUGCGCUGCCACCUGGCUACAGCUAUGCGGGUCUUCCCUACUACACAGGCGUGCCCAGUGCCUUCCAAUAUGGGCCCACCAUGUUUGUCCCUCCUGCCUCAGCCAAGCAGCACGGUGUGAACCUCAGCACUCCCACGACCCCCUUUCAGCAGGCUAGCGGUUAUGGCCAGCACAGCUAUGGCCCAGGUUAUGAUGACCUGACCCAGGGGACAGCAGCAGGAGACUACACCAAAGGUGGCUAUGGUGGAUCAUCGCAGGCACCAAACAAAUCUGCAGGUUCUGGGCCUGGCAAAGGAGUAUCAGUGUCUUCAAGCACUACUGGCCUACCUGACAUGACUGGUUCUGUCUACAAGACUCAGACAUUUGACAAGCAGGGAUUUCAUGCAGGGACCCCUCCGCCUUUCAGCCUGCCCUCGGCCUUGGGCUCCACUGGGCCCCUGGCCCCUGGUGCAGGCCCUGGCUAUGCACCUCCACCCUUCCUGCACAUCUUGCCAGCCCACCAGCAGCCCCACUCACAGCUGCUGCACCACCACCUUCCGCAGGAAGCCCAGAGUGGCUCUGGUCAGCGCAGCCAGCCCAGCUCCCUGCAGCCCAAGUCUCAAGCCUCCAAACCCACCUAUGGCAACUCUCCCUACUGGACAAACUAAAUUCUGAAGAGAGGGGAGGGCUGGGGCAGGGCUUACCCUGGGCAAGAGAGAACACACGGAGCACAUUUCUGGGAGCCCAGUGCCCUUGCCUAGAAUUUUGAGAUGCACAGCUGUGUCGGCAGAGCCUCUAUGGGGACCCUGCCUCCCAGAUUGACUAGUGUACGUAAUGUAUUUAUGUAUGUAUUUGUAAAUGUGAUGGAAGUCUGGGGAGUGAGGGUGCAGCUGCAGGGCUGCUCUCCCCAUUCAAGCCCCUUCUUGCUGUAGCAAAAGCAGCCCAGCCCCCCACCGCCUUUCUGCCCUCCAGCCUUUUACAUGGUCCUCUCUGCCCAGUGGGCGGCUAGGGACAGUCUCUGAAAGGCUGGUUCAUGGCAACUUGGGUGCUGAGGUCAGGUACCAAUGAAGAAUCGCGACUUAUCUCACUCCUUUGUAAACCAUUGGGUUUUCUUUCCCGUGUAAUUACUUUAUACCUGUUUUUGAGAAACUGGUCCUUCUGUCAUUUGUCAUGGUUCCCUUCUGCCAAAUACUUGUCUGGGAAUAGCAGAGACAUCCCUUCACCCAACAUAAAUAUGGGAACCUGUUUGUCUUCAUAUAAGAGUAGGGGCUCCUGCUUCUGGUCUGGUCAUGUCCCUAGAGACUUGCCUUCCUGUGGCUGACCAUUUAAACCAUAAUCUGAACUGGCACUCAGAUGUUCCACCAGUCAGUGCUGCUUAAGAAAACCCAAGAUAUGCACAUCUCCAGGCAAAGGCUCCUCUAUUCCUGACCCGGGCAACUAUUCAGGUUUUCUCUUGCCCAAACUCUACCUAAUAAAGUUCUGAGAGCAUG